AUGGCUGCGGCGAAUCCAGCUCCAGCACCGUUCAGUGAACAGCUGCGCGCGUUGGCCGCAUGUCUUGGCGUCUCAGUCGAUUUGGCGCCAAUUUCCGAACUCGCCGACAAGCCUGACCAACGCGCCAUGCUCAUGCAACUUUUGGAUGGUCAACAAGCCGGCACUGUUACUCCAACUGACGAGCAGAAAACCGCCGAUGCCGCAGCUGCACUCCUGCAGUUGGAUUUAGGCUACUAUUCGUUGGAAUAUCUUGAGGAUGGAGUGACUGGCACCUACCUGCUCAAACGGUUGAAAUGGGACCUUUCCUAUCAGCUGACGCUCGACCGCCUAUACAAGCAAAUCGCAGAACAGCGGCAGAAAAUCGCUGGAAUCAGCCUCACCGGUCCCACAGCGCUGAUUACUGAGGCGGACGAGCUUGAAAAGUACUUCGGAAAAAACGCUGACUGUCAGAGUGCUAAAAUGUAUGCAGACUCGGGCACGGGCUGCACACAAGUUUCAGCUUGUCGAUCGUGA